AUGCCCCCGAAAACUCAGGAGCCUGUUGUCGAAAAAAUGGAGGUGGAUGAGGCGAAGACGGAGGUUUCACCAGCCGAACCGGUUAAAGAUGCACACACUAUAGCCGUGGAAGGUAUGAUUCCAACCGGAAUUUUCGUUCUUUUGACUCGAAAUCUCUACAGACGCAAUUUUCAGCCAUCAAAGAGCAAUUGGCGCAGUUGGACAAAAGCGAAGAGCACCUGAUCGCACGUGUGCUCCAAGUUCUGCCGAAAACGCGCAAGCAGCUUACGGACAACGUGCUCUACAAGCUCGUCUCGUCGCAAUUGUCGCAUGACAACGGAUUUGCGCCGCUGCUCCUAAAGUGUGUGACCUACACUCCGCCGGCCGAUGAGAACGAAGUCCAGCCGAUGGACGUCUCGAAGAAGUCGCCGAAGAAGUACAAGCCAGUUUUCUCCUCGGCAGAAUCCGAUUGCUACCUCCGUCUCCUCGUCAUCAUUCAUUUGUACGCUCAGAAAAGAUACAGGGAGGCGCUGGCGCUCAGCGAGCAACAGCUUCUGGCUAUUCACAAAUUCGACAAGCGUACCCUGGACGGUCUCGCCGCGAAAACGCUCUACUUCCUGUGUGUGAUCUACGAGCGCGAGGGAAAACUGUUCGAUCUUCAGUCCGUCCUCAAUUCCCGCCUUCGCACCGCCACUCUCCGCCAUUUCACCGAAACGCAGGCCGUUUUGAUCUGCUGGCUGCUCCGUUCUUAUCUGAUCAAUCGACAAUACCAAUCGGCCGCUCAUCUCGUCUCGAAAGUCGCUUUCCCGGAAAACGCGUCGAACAACGACCUCGCCCGUUAUAUGUAUUAUCAGGGACGCAUAAAAGCGCUUCAGUUGGACUACACCUCGGCCGCCGGCUAUUUCCUCCAGGCUCAGCGCAAAGCUCCGCAAGAAGGAGCCAUCGGGUUCAAGCAGGCCGUGCAGAAGUGGGUCGUCGUGAUCGGAUUGCUGCAGGGAGAGAUUCCCGAAAGAUCCGUGUUCCGUCAGCCGAUCUACCGCAAGUGCCUCGCUCAGUAUCUCGAUUUGACACAUGGUAAGCGCUGAGAAUUGUCGAAUUUAGCAUAGCUGCGGGAUGUUUGAGAAACGCCAAAUCAUUUUUCUGACAUGGCAGUCGGAUUGAAAUUUCCGAACCACCGGCAACCAUAAGAAUUGAGUUUUUUUUCAGCCGUCCGCCUGGGAGACAUUGCCAAAUUCAACCGUGUGCUGGAGCAAUACGGAAAAGUGUUCGAGGCCGAUGAUACGCUCACUCUGAUCGUCCGACUCCGUCAAAAUGUGAUCAAGACGGCGAUCAAGCAGAUUUCUUUGGCCUACUCGAGAAUUUACAUAAAAGAUAUUGCCAAGAAAUUACUAAUGGACAACGAGACUGAGACUGAGUACAUUGUAAGUUUUUAGAUUUUCUGAAUUGAUAAUAAUUGUUCUUUUACCAGGUCGCCAAAGCGAUUGCAGACGGCGCCAUAGAUGCAGUUAUCACUUCGGACGUUCGCGACGGACCGAGAUACAUGCAGAGCUCGGAGACGGCCGACAUCUACCGCACGUCGGAGCCGCAAGCCCACUUCGACACGCGCAUCCGCUACUGUCUCGAGUUGCACAAUCAGGCGGUGAAGGCGCUCAGAUAUCCGCCGAAGAAGAAGAUUGCCGUGGAGACGAUCGAGCAGGCGCGCGAGCGGGAGCAGCAGGAACUGGAGUUCGCGAAAGAACUGGCCGACGAGGACGAAGACGACUUCUAG